AGGAGAGGCUGCUGGGGAGCAACAAAACAAUAAACAGCUGCUACUACACGGCGCAGCAGCGCAGCGGCGCAUCAGCGGAGUAGCGGAGGAGAGUACCAGCUCCGGAGUCACCUCCUCUAGUGCAGGCAGCGCACUCACCCAGCCAUGUAUCUGAACAGGGAAGAGGACGGCAGCAAAGCAGGUUCGGUGUCCCUCAGCGUGUUCCUGGUCUCCCUCGCAGUGACAGUGUGUGCUGUUUGGCUGGUGGCUCUUUGCGGUGUCUGUGGUUGGUGUCAACGCAAGCUGGGGAAGAGGAAUAAGCCGGCGGUGGAAGCAGCAGGCACUCCAGACUCGGCACGUGGGCGAGGGGAGAAGAAAGCCAUCAAGUAA